GACAAUAAUCUUUUAAGUUUCCCAGAUUCUUCUGAAGCUCAUCAGAAAUUCAACAAUGGCAGAUUCUUCCGAUUUCCAAUUCUACAUCCAAGCUUUCUUCAUUUGGUUACUUUCCACCAUCUUAGUUCGAACAAUAAUACUCAAAACAAAACAGAAGAAGAAAGCUCAUCUUCCUCCCACCCCAUUUUCCCUCCCUAUCAUCGGACAUCUUCAUCUUCUUUCCUCUCUUCCUCACAGAGAUUUCUACAAUCUUUCUCUCCGUUAUGGUCCCAUCAUCCAUCUUUCCCUCGGGUCUGAACCCUGUGUGGUCGUUUCAACUGCUGAAACUGCUAAAGAAUUCCUUAAAACUCACGAACUUUCCUUCUCAAAUCGACCAUCUCGCACUGUUGCUAUCAAACACUUAACCUACGAACUCCAAGAUUUCCUAUUUGCCCCUUACGGACCCUACUGGAAGUUCAUGAAGAAGAUGUGCAUGUCUGAACUUCUAAAUGGGAGAAUGCUCGAUCGAUUCCUUCUGGUGAGGGAGCAAGAAAAGAAGAGAUUUCUGAACACUUUGCUUCAGAAAGGUGGCGAAAAGGUGGAUGUUGGAGCAGAACUUAUAGAGCUUUCGAAUAACAUAAUAUCAAGAAUGGCUGUGAGUCGGACGAGUUCUGAGAAUGAAGAUGAUGCUGACGUGGUGAGGAAGCUGGUCGUGGAUGCUGCUGAGUUAACUGGGAAGUUUAACAUAUCAGACUUCAUUUCGUUCUGCAGAAUAUUGGAUUUGCAGGGAUUCAACAAGAGGUUGAAGGAAGUUCGAGAGAGGUUUGAUAAGUUGAUGGAAAGAAUCAUUGAAGAGCAUCAAGAAGAAAGGAGGAAAAGGAAAGAGAUGGGUAUUAGAGGAGAUGAAGCUGGGGAUAUUCUGGAUGUUUUGUUAGACAUAUAUGAAGAUGAAAACCCCGAGAAGAAAUUGACGAAAGAAAAUAUCAAGGCCUUUAUCUUUGACAUAUUUGUGGCAGGAACAGACACUACAGCCAUAACCAUUGAAUGGGCUCUAGCGGAGUUAAUCAACCAUCCACAUGUAAUGGAGAAGGCAAGACAAGAGAUUGAUUCAGUAAUCGGUAAUAACAGAAUAGUAAGAGAAUCAGACAUAGCAAAACUUCCUUACCUUCAAGCUAUAGUCAAAGAAGCAUUGAGGAUUCACCCUGCAGGACCAUUGCUCUUCAGGGAAUCAUCAAGAAGCUCUGUAGUUUGUGGGUAUGAAAUUGCAGAGAAGACUCGAUUAUUUAUAAAUGUGUGGGCUAUUGGUAGAGACCCUAAUCAUUGGAAGAACCCAGAUGAGUUUAGGCCAGAGAGAUUUAUGAGUGAAGAUGGGGACGGAGAGAGUCAAUUAGAUGUGAGGGGUCAACAUUUUCAGUACAUUCCUUUUGGAAGUGGAAGAAGAGGAUGUCCUGGGACUUCACUGGCUCUUCAGGUUGUGCAAACCAAUCUUGCUGCCAUGAUUCAGUGCUUCGAAUGGAAGGUGGAUGGCAAGAUCAGUAUGGAGGAAAAGGCUGGGAUUACUGUUCCAAGGGCUCACCCCUUGGCUUGUGUCCCCCUGCCAAGGCUUCACCCAUUUCCUUCUAUGUCUUUCUGAUCCGCGCUUCUUCUUCAAAACGCCAUUGACGGAAUGCGUGGUGUAUAUUUCUUUCUUUUAAGAUGAAAAAUAAGAAAUUUGCAAUUAUCUUGUGUGUUAGACCUAGUUUAUUUUUAAUUUGAAUAAGAUAUUAUCCUAUCUUUUAGAAUAAAUACA